CUCGAACAAUAUAAAUUUAUUGGUAGGCUCUCUAUCGAAAUACUAACAUGGAGAAGGAAAGAAAGAAGCUGGGCCUGCCGGCGCUGCGCUAUCUAGUGUGCGAAGGGGGUUCCUACCCUAUAUUCAAACAGACCAAAUGAUACAAACAUCUUGCGUUGUUGGUGAAUGCCCGUACUCCGUGAUAGUCUGGAAUACAAAAUCCCAUUGAAUAACUUUCUCUUAGUUAUAGCAUAUUUGGGAUAAGUCUCUUACCUUCCUUUUAUCUCAUUGACAACAAUGCCUCAAUUACCAGAUGUUUAUUCCUCUUCUCUUUAUGAGGUUGAUACUAUAGAUACUUCACCUUGUCUUCCAUUAACAGAUCGGUUGGUCCUAUCCUCAAUUUUAGAACCAUCUAAAAGUCAGCAAACAGCUGACUCACUUGUUGACUCUGAGGGAUGACGAGGACGUUACC